CGCUUAAAUAAGUCCGUGUGUAAAGACAGCAACACACCAGUUGCAUGUAUGCAACAGAUGUCUGCUAAUAAUAACAACCUGCUGCGCCUUUAAGAGGAUGACUGAGUAGGAAACCUAAUAUCUCCCCAUAUCGAGCUCAAGUCUCCAUCAAUUAACAGUGAGGGCCGAGAUCAGGACGAUAUCUGAAUCUGUCCCUCUGCUCUGUCUGCAAAACUCCACCUGCUUUUUGUUGCUUUUCUGUUUUGUCACACAUAAACCGGAUUAAAUUACGCAUUGCACCUUUAAGAAGCUGUCACCGGGAUUAGAAUUACUCGCAGCGAGCCAAAUCUCCCGUCGGAGGGGCUUUACGCACCGUCGCUUUGCAGGGAAGGGUCUCCUUCAACGGCGUUUCUCCCGCUUGUCGCUCUUCUACUUCGUCCCCUUCGCUGGUCCUCCUGACUCCGCCGGGGAGCCCGAUCCACACCGCGCGACAUGGCCGAGACAGGGAAAGGGGUCACCGCCGGGAAACUGGCCAUCAACGUCCAGAAGAGGCUCACCAGAGCGCAGGAGAAGGUGUUGCAGAAGCUCGGCAAAGCAGAUGAGACCCGGGAUGCUGCCUUCGAGGAGAUGGUGGCCAACUUCAACAAGCAGAUGACUGAAGGCACCAAACUACAGAAAGACCUGAAGGCCUACGUGGCAGCAGUGAAAACGAUGCACGAUGCGUCACGGCGGCUUCAGGACUGUCUGGCCGACAUGUACGAACCCGACUGGUUUGGCAAAGAGGAGAUGGACGCGCUGGCCGAGGACACAGACACUCUUUGGUUGGACUACCACCAGAACAUCACGGACAAAUCUCUGAUCACUAUGGACACGUACCUGGCUCAGUUUCCUGAUAUUAAGGCUCGUAUAGCGAAGCGCGACAGGAAGAUGGUGGACUUCGACAGCGCCAGGCAUCACUUCUCCUCCUUACAGAAAGGAAAGAAGAAGGACGAGGCCAAGAUCGCCAAGCCAGCAGCCCUGUUGGAGAUGGCGGCUCCCAGCUGGGCUCAGGGUUUGAUAUCAGCCCACCAGGUGGCUCAGACUAACCUCUCCUACAACCAGGCGGAAGAGGACCUGGGCCGAGCUCAGAAGAUUUUCGAGGAGCUGAAUGUGGAGUUACAAGAUGAGCUUCCAGGACUGUGGGACAAUCGUGUUGGCGUCUAUGUUAACACAUUCCAGGGUCUGGCAGGUCAACAGGAGAAGUUCCACAGGGAAAUGAGCAAGCUCAGCCAAAACCUGAACGACAUCAUGACCAAACUGGAAGAGCAGCGGCAGCUGAAAAAAGAUGGUACUGCAGCAGCAAAGACAGGAGAUGGUGCCAAGAGUGAGGAAGCCAACCACAGCGACUCAGCCAGCUCACCACCAAAGGUGGUGCAGAGGCCCGGUCCUCCUCCCAGUCGGCCUACGCCAUCUCCGGACCAGAGAAAGAAGCGUGUCGACUCGUUCGAGGACGAGGCCUCGGUGCCUGAUGCUAACACAGACUCCUCUACAAAAACGACACAGCAGAGUGCGGUAACCAAUGGUUCCGAUGGCGAACUCCCUCCAGGAUUCAUCUACAAGGUAAAAGCAAUUCACGAUUACGCUGCCACUGACGGUGACGAGCUGGAACUGAAGAUGGGAGAUGUUGUGCUGGUUAUGGCCUUUGACAACCCAGACGAACAGGACGAUGGCUGGCUCUUGGGCGUGAAGGAGUCUCACUGGGUGCAGAACAAAGAUACUUCAGCCAAAGGUGUUUUUCCUGAGAACUUUACUCAGAAGGUUUGAGGCUGCCCCACUCCUGUUCCCCAAACUCCUCAGAUAUCUUAUCUGGUAAAGACAUGUUUGAAUCGUCACUAAAUGUCCAUUAACACACCAAAAUGUAUCGGUACAUGAUAGAAAUGUGCACUGAAAUACAAGUAUAUCUCAAUGGCUGUGAUACCAAAUGAUUUGUUUGUGCAGUUGAAAACCAGUUAGUAUAACUCUUUAUUGAGCUCAUGAACACAUUUACGCUAACCAUAUUGAAUGUUAUAGUUAAAAGAUGAUAAAGAAGUAGGUUUUGCCCCGACCCCACUACCUUGUGGUAAAGUAUGCACAAUCAUCUCAAAUCUUUUGGUCAGACUGUAAACGCAAAAUUUAACGUAUUAAUUUGUUUUCGUUUUGAUUUCUUAUUCCUGAAUUAUGUAUAUUUUUGCUGAACUCAACUGAAACACAAAACAAUGUGUUGGUAAUGUUGAAAAAGGGCAAAUGAGUCUCGGAUGUACUGUAUGAAUGUCAAAAUUUUUGUCCCUUGCAUGAAGCAUUUGAUUGUAUUGUCAUUUACUUUGUUACACCACAGACACUGUGACACCAGGUGGGAUCGCUCUAUGCUGUGAUUGUCUGAAAAAUGCAGGUGUCCUAGAAUUGAGCCCCGGAGAACACCGCAGAUAUAAACAGUAUGUUUGCAGGGUUUUGCCUUGCAUUAUCAAAAUCUAUUACAGUUUCUUGGGCUUGUAGGAUUAUCAAAGGGAACAGUAGUUUUUCAUUUAUUUUAUUGGCCAUUUUGAGGACAUGAUGUGUGGCUUACAUUUUCUAAUGGACAUUUGGUUUUAUUUUGAUUUUUGAAUAAUCUGUUCAUUAAUGGAUGAAAUGCGAAACUCAGUUGCUGAUUUUUUCCUUCAUCUUCUUUAGUUACCACAAUUAUUAAGUAUUUACCACUAGUUUGAAUGUCAUACGUUGAGACAGGAGAUGUAUUUCCUCUCUUUUUAAACCUUUUUCAUAUGAUGUUGAUUCUAUAUGUCUCUCCGAUUCUUCAGUCUUUUGUCGCAUAGGGGAUAACACUGGAUCACUAUACUGUGCGGACACAUUUUCUUUAGUGUUUCUUUUUUCAGUAAAAAAGUUUAGACUGCAUACUUAACUGUCCACAACUGGAUUUAAAAUGUAAACCUUUUUCUGGUUUAAAAUGAUGAGCCUGUCAUCCAGAGUCAUUCUAACCAAAUAUCAUGCAGAUACCAAAGAGUUAAAACCCUGCAAAAGGUACUUUCACAUUGUGUGGAAUUAAUGGAUAAGGAAUCAGUCCAAGUGGUGAAUAAUGCACCAUCUGUUGGAUCAAAUCAGUGUCAUUAAAGAUGAAUGAAACAA